AUUAGCAUUUUUGCGAGGGUACUGGAUUUUGGUAUAUCUAGUAUGAGGGUGGUCAUGAGCAUACUAGAUUUUGGUACAAAUAUGAGCGUGCUUAUGAGUUAUGAGUAUAUUUUAUUUUGGUAUCUCAAGAGCACGCUGAUACAUCUGCAAAAAUCCAGUAAUAUCCCCAUGAGCAUUUUCAUCAGGAUGCCGAAUUUUGGUACUAUAUACAUGAGGAUGCUCAUGAGCAUUAUGGAUUUUGGUACAUAUACCAAAAUGCGCUAUGCUCAUGAGCACCCUCAUAUGUAUACAUCAAAAUCCAGUAUCCUCAUGAGAAUACUCAAGAGCAUAUAUAUUACUGGAUUAAUGACUCCAAAAUGUAGAAUUCGACCGCCAAAUGUGGGCGACUUGGUACACUAGUUGGUAGGUCUGCUACUAACGAUCCCCUGCAAUUGCCACCUACUGCUAAUGGUAACCAAGUCCCACCUACUACUAAUGGUAACCAAGUCCCACCUACUAUAAUGGUCCCCAAGUCCCAUCUACUAAUGAAGACCAAUUCCCAACUGUCCCCACGUCCCACCUGCUAACGGUCCCGAAGUCCUACCGACAACUAUCGGUCCCCAAUAUGUUAUGUAAAUUGAAUUGAAUGUAAUUUACAAACAUUUACAUAAAGGCUCAUGCAAUUCGUUUUGCUUGUUUUUGUUUCGGGCCCCUAUGGCCUAUACUUCAGUCAUAUUCAGUCUUCUGACUAUACUAUAGUCAGUUCGAAUUAUUAUAUUGAAUAAGGAUAAAAGUAUAUAACAAAUAUAAAAUAAAACAUUAACAUGCAGGGAAAUUUAUAAUUAUAUAUAUUCAACGUGGAAGAUACUAUAUAUGUAUAUUUACAGUAAAGAAGGUGAUAAUAUAUUUUAAAUUAUUAUACAUCAAUUAUUGAGCUAAUUGACAUAAUCGUAAUUUACUAAUUUAACGACUAAAUUACGAUUUUUAACUAGAUAAUUUUAUUUUACCAUUUUCAAAAGUUCAAAUUUAGUAAAAUAUUAAGCCAAAAGAUUACAUUUUUGUAGUUCAUUGCAAUCUAACUAAAUGACUAACUAACAACUAAUAUAAUUAACAAUUUUGAAGUGCUUUAUUCCACUUGCACAACCUUGUUUUUUAGCGGAUUUUUCACAUGGUUAAAAAUGGAUUUAAGAUCAGCACAUUUUAACAAACUACAAGUGCCUCCAAAACGCUGGAACUCCAUUAUUUACAUUUCUGUUUUGUUUAGUGGAACAUGUCAACUCUUUGACCUUGUUUUCGUAUAAUUGAUCAACUAAGACGGAAGACUUGGAUGUUGAGGUAUGAUAUAAUCCGGAAGCCAAUAAUAAUAUUUCGAUGCUUUAUGCUGAAAUAUUUAUGCUUUUAAUUCUACGUCAAUACAUUUUACACAGUGGAUCAGAUGUCGUUUUUGUCUUCCAGUUUUGUGUCUUCUUCACGGGUGAUGUGAAGUUGAACGCAGUAAGCGUUAGCCAUAGAGGAAAGGGGGUUAUGUAUUCAAAUUACGUAGUUUACUGUACUUAAGUUUGAUCAUAGUUUAAUAAUUCACAUGAAAAAACCUAUUACGCCUAUAGUUGACGGUCACAUAAAAAACCUAUUGCAUUUAGUUCAUGAUCACACGAGAAACCGCGUCUCGGGGGCCGUACGUUCACACUUUGCACACUUUGUAUAAUCGAUCUAAAUUAGAGCGAUCGAAAACCGAUCCGAGGCCGGCUCAUGGGCCGGCUCUUUCGACUUCUUGUGGAAUGUGGACAUUUGCACAAAUACUUGAAUGAAAUACCCAAAUUAGCUACCUGUUAAUAAGCGGGAAAAGGCGAGGCUGCUAAGCAAGAAUUAGGGGCUGUUCACAUGAUCCCAGGUAGCCGGGGCGGGAUGAAUGACGGGAUAAUUUUGAUGUAUUGAAAUAAAUCACUAGGCUUAAAGUGCCACUGUGACCAAAUUUUCAUUUCUGGUUUUUUUCCAUGAUUGUGAAGAAUGCAUAUAAAGAAGCUGUCACGCAAAAUUUUAGCGUGAUAUCUUAUAUUUUGCCUGAGUUAUACGACGAUGAAGUUCGAAUUUUGGCGGCCGCCAUUAAAAUCCGCCAUAUUGGAAAGUUCAAGUGUUCGGGAGUCUUUGACGUCAUAGUCUCAACACAUGCUGGGCAUGCAACAUAAAAAUAUAUACGCGACUAUAGUAAUACCACGGUAAAACUCGAUCAUGCCUUCGUCGCGUUGUGCUGUACAAGAUUGCAGCAAUACUUCUGACAAAAACGCGGGUAGAUCAUUGCAUAAGGGCCCAAAUGACGAAUCUUUGAGAAGAAUAUCGGUUAGAUUUGUGCAAACUAAGCACGCCAAUUUUUAUCUAAGCUCGCGGGAAAUUCGAUUCAUGAUUUGUUUGGACCAUUUUUCGAAGGAUUGUUUUGAGCGUUUAUUUCAUUUGGAUGGUUUGCAAAGACGAAUAAACCAGAUUCUGUGCCUACUAUUUGGAGGAAAGCGCCUGCGCAACUAACAACAAGAGACAGGCGUAAAGUCAGAUAUGAAUAUAUUUUAGCUACAUACAUAACUUUACAUAAUCUGAUAAGUCCAGAUCAAUUAUAAAUUCACGCGACAAGUGUUGUUCUCAUAUUAUUGAAAAUAGGUUUAAAUUUUAAACGAGUUGGGCGAAACUGCAAAGACUGAUACAAACGAGGAUGAACCAUCGAGCUGUUUUUUUCAAACUCCGUGUAAGCUCGCUGAUCAGUGUUCAGGAAUGUUGAUCAUAUUUUAUUGUAACAACAACACGGUAAUGUGAGAUGCCUUGAACUGCCCGUAAAAUCUCAUACCAAACCACGAACUGUCUGUAGAAAACUGCGCGUAAGAACCUAUAAAAUAUAUAAUAUUAAGUAAAUGGGCGCGCACAAUAUGUUAAUGCUUGUUUAAUAACAACAUCGGCAUAGUAGGCAUGCUUCAGGUUGACAGCAAUGACCACAUUCACACCUUAUAAAAAAAUGCAAAAUAGAAGUUCAGAGAUACGUUUUAAUUUAUUACUCCGGCAAAUAAGAACACAAACUUACCAAGACGAUACAUCAACAUGCAUUGCUUCAAAACGAUUUUGUAACAUAUUUUCGAGCUGUUCGUCUUCUGCACAGCUUCGUCGACCUCGUACUCGGCUACCUCUUCAGGCAAGGCAAGCGGCUCCAGCAAUAGUAUCAUCAAAAUAUCAAAUG